GUUUUAGUCUUGCACACUGAGCUACAACGGAAAACGAGAACACAGGGACGGGAGCUCCAAACGGAGAGCCCGCGGGACCCGUGAUGACAUGGCCUGGUGGCCAGCAUGCUGCAGGUCAGAGGCCUUCCACGCAGACGAGGGGACCGAGAGCGGGGAGCUACCUGGAGUGGUGGCUGAUGCUGGAACGGACGCUCCAGAGGCAUCCGAGGCAGAAGAGACUCAGCCUGAGGUUGGUCCUGAGCCCGGAAGCUGAGCACCUAGUAGCGAUGCCCUUUGCUCCUAGUAGCGUCCUUGCUCCUUUAGUAGUACGGCCAGGAGCCCCUAGUAGCUUCUUGCUCCUAGUAGCGAUGAAGGAUUUGUAGAUUUUGUGGAUUGUCAAUAGAAGUUUCUGGAGAGGCUGGGCUGUCCCCUAUCAUAGGCAUGGGGCCACCAAUUAGACGAUGUUUUGUUUCUUGAAGAAGUGGGUGCCUACAAUCACCGGGUGCCAACAGUUCCAUUCUUUUGAGGAUUCCUUGACAGAGGAACCAAUCUCAGGCUGGGGUUCGACUGUAAGAGACACAAGAUUUCGAGAGCCCAUGUGCGGUGCUUGGGAUGUCCUUGUUCAGACAGUGUCUUGGGCAUAGGUUGACCCAAUAUCCCGCAAAACUGGAGGUGUUCUGUUUUGGUCAGGAAAGUGGGAAGGCGCCACAGCUAACAUCACAGGUUGCUUUUGUCGCCAUCUGGGGUGGCUGAGGUUUGGGAUGGAGGUUCGGAUCUGCCCAGUGAGUGGCCUCUCCACCUUGCAGGGUGCUUGUCCCUUCGCCAAGCCUAAAGCCAAGGCCAAAGAUGGCGGAAAAAAACAGAAGGCCAGUGUGAAGUUGGACUUCAAAUGGAAGCAGGAUGAAAGCAUGGUGGUGAUCAAGGUUUGUGCUCACCACACGGAUGCCUUCACCACCAUGGAGCUUCCCAACAGCGCUUCCCAGGAGGUGGGGAGCGCUUCCCAGGAGGAGAUCAAAAAGCAGUACAAGGCGCUGUCAUUGAUACACCAUCCCGACAAGAACCAAGAUGAUGUGGAGGCUGCCACUGAGCGCUUUCAAAGGAUCAAAGACGCUUACGCUUUGAUCAAGGACACAGACGGCGAGCUGGCCUUUCCCUGGGAUCAGCACCCUGAGAAGCAACAGGUGAUGAAAGGGGAUGAGGCAGUGGCUGUCUUUGCGGAGGUCGGACUGGAAGCCUGCGAGGAACACCAUUUCCAGGGGCUCCAGCUUCGACACUUGGUGAAGUCCUCUGAAGAGGUCAAGGUCUUGAAAUUCGACAAAGAAUCGGAGGGUGGGCACAUUACCGAGUGCUGGCUGGAUGCUAUUUGUGCAGGCUCUCCCCAUUUCGUAAGCCACUUGGUGAAGGUGUACCGUCGUGACGCUUGGGAAUACCAUGAUGCGAAGUGAAGAUGGCGUAGGGCUGGGCCUUCUUGGACUGUAGAUCUCUUGAGUCCAUAUUCUAGCUGAUUGCCUUGAACACACCUACCUAAUGCCAGCACAAGCUCAAGGGAGGGCUUGGCCCUGGACUCCGCUUUGUACAUAGUCAUCAGUCCACUGAGUGGUUUGCAGGAACGGGAAG